AUGAAUAGCAUACAGAGCAUGAGAUAUAUAAAGAUAGUAGGCAUUGUUUUAGUUGUUUCUGCAGUCAUGAUGCUGUUGGUUUACAUUUACAACCCAGUUAAAAAGGGCUUUAGCAAGAAAGCAGUUUCCUUGAAAAAAGAAGAGGAUAAUGCUAUCGAUAAGGUAGAGAGCAUGAAAAGGGAGAAACAAAGUGCAGAACAAGACAGGGCGCCAGUAGUAGAUAUUACAGAGCGUGAGAAAGAAGAACAUGUUACUAGUGAGAAUGAAAAAAACUUGGAGCAUCUUGAAGCAUGUAUUAAAAACAUGUCCAAAGUACAGAUAGAAAAAAGAGAGGAAUGGCCAGAAGAUAAAAUAGCUAGGCUAGAACAGUGCUAUUAUGAUAUAUGCAAUCUUUUAGAUAUAAUACGCCCUAUGAAUAUUACAACUAAUAUUGGUGAGGGAUUAGGUUUGUCUCUGGACAAUCCUGAGGUAAGAAAGAAGGUUACAGAAACUCAAAAGCACAUAGACUCUCUGGACUGA